CCGCCUUCUUCACCAGCGGCGCGGCCGGCAGUAGCGCGGCAGCAGCGGCGUCGGCGUCCCUCUCUUCCAGGCGGUCCGCGCUGCCGGCCUCGCCAUGUCUGGCGGCGGCGGGGGCUCCGGCGCGGUGAAGAAGCGCGGCUCGGGCGCCUCGUCGCCGGAGGAGAAGCAGCAGAUGCUGGCGGCGGCGGCGGCGGCAGGCGACGCGGGCCUGGUGGCGCACGAGAACGGCUGCGCCCCGCUGCCCUCUCCCGUGGCCGGCGGCGAGGCCGAGGGGAGCGCCGGCGGCGGCGUGGCGCUGAAGCGCAACAUCACGCUGCUGAACGGCGUGGCCAUCAUCGUGGGCACCAUCAUCGGCUCGGGCAUCUUCGUGACGCCGACGGGCGUGCUGAAGGAGGCCGGCUCGCCGGGGCUCUCGCUGGUGGUCUGGGCGGCCUGCGGCGUCUUCUCCAUCGUGGGUGCCCUCUGCUACGCCGAGCUGGGCACCACCAUCUCCAAGUCCGGCGGCGACUACGCCUACAUGCUGGAGGUCUACGGCUCCCUGCCGGCCUUCCUGAAACUCUGGAUCGAGCUGCUCAUCAUCCGGCCCUCCUCGCAGUACAUCGUCGCCUUCGUCUUCGCCACCUACCUCCUCAAGCCCGUAUUUCCCACCUGCCCGGUGCCCCUCGAUGCCGCCAAGGUCGUCGCCUGCCUUUGCGUCAUGCUGCUCACGGCCAUCAAUUGCUACAGUGUGAGAGCCGCCACCCGCGUGCAAGAUGGCUUUGCGGCUGCAAAGCUCCUGGCCCUCACCUUGAUCAUCAUCCUUGGCUUUGUUCAGCUUGGAAAAGGUGAUGUUGGAACCCUGAGCCCCAAACACUCCUUUGACGGCACAAAAACAGAAGUUGGGAACAUAGUCCUAGCCUUGUAUAGCGGUCUCUUUGCUUAUGGAGGCUGGAAUUACUUGAAUUUUGUCACGGAAGAGAUGAUCAACCCUUACAGAAACCUGCCUCUGGCCAUCAUCAUCUCCCUGCCUAUUGUCACCUUGGUUUACGUGUUGACCAACUUGGCCUACUUCACAACCCUGUCAGUGAAUGAGAUGUUGGUGUCCGAAGCUGUUGCCGUGGAUUUUGGGAACUAUCACCUGGGUGUCAUGGCUUGGAUCAUCCCUGUCUUUGUCGGCUUGUCAUGCUUUGGCUCAGUCAACGGGUCGCUCUUUACUUCCUCCAGGCUUUUCUUCGUUGGUGCUCGUGAGGGGCACCUGCCCUCUGUCCUGUCCAUGAUCCACCCCAGGCUGCUCACGCCGGUGCCUUCCCUCGUCUUCACAUGCCUCAUGACUUUGCUCUACGCCUUCUCCAAUGACAUAUUCUCGGUGAUCAACUUCUUCAGUUUCUUCAACUGGCUCUGCGUGGCCCUGGCCAUCAUUGGCAUGUUGUGGCUGCGGUACAAGAAGCCGGAGUUGGAGAGGCCAAUAAGGGUCAACCUCACUCUGCCCGUCUUCUUCAUCCUGGCCUGCAUCUUCCUCAUCGUCGUCUCUUUCUGGAUGACCCCAAAGGAGUGCGGCAUUGGCUUUGCCAUCAUCCUCAGUGGGGUCCCAGUGUACUACUUUGGUGUCUGGUGGAAAAAAAAACCGAAGUGGCUUCUUCAGAUCAUAUACUCCACCACGGUCCUGUGCCAGAAGUUGAUGGAGGUUGUUCCACAGGAGUCUUAAAGCAAGGAAAAAGCAUCCACGUUCAGUUCAAGCCAACGCACAAUAUUAUUUUGAAAACACGACUAUGUCAGAUUCCUCAUUUUAAAAAGCCAAACCUCGAAGCUGGGGACCUGACAGUGACCAGUCCCUAGACCCCUGCCGCCCGCAUGGCCCGUCCCUCCACUUCCUUCCCUCCCCUAAGCUAGGCAGCUGACCAGAGGCAGGAGGAGAAGAGUUCCAGGUGCAAAUCUAAUCCGGGAAGAGAAGCUUCUGCUGGGAACCUCAGGAGGCCUUGACAAGGUCCACAAACAGGGAAGCCAACAGGACAUCACCGUUGACGUGUGCGACAGUGGGCUGAACUCCGCGGUCUGUUUGUCAUUUGGCGCUCUCUCUUUUGGCACCCUGAGCUCCUUGAUAAAAGAAAAACCAGUUGCCAGGAGCCACCAGCAUGCCCACAACUGCCACUCCACACUCUUUCAGAAACAACGAAAAUCCAACAUGACCAAUUCUCCUGGAAAUGCAGGCGUUCGGGGCUGGGGGUAAGGUUUGCUUCCCUCCCCCCAAGCCAUUACACUCCUUACCGCAAAUAGAGGCUUCACACACACACAAGCAAAGGAAAAAUGUGAUGCUGAUCCAUCACUGUGGACCUGCACAGAUAUUAACUAGUUUCACUCGCAACAGACUUGGCUGUCCCGACAUGAACUUUUUAAUUAUUUUUGUUAAUUAUUUUUUUUAAGGGAUCUACUUUUUAUUUUUUCCUUUUAAGAUUGCCAUGUAGUUCUGCUUUGUAUUUGACUUGCAAUAAACAUUUUGUAUGUUGUCA